AUGGUCGCGCACCGGCACACCCUGCCCCCGCUGUCGGCCUUCCACCCCUUGCUGGCCACCGCAGCUGACACGGGCGACUUUGCCGCUCCCGAGCACAAGGAGUUUGAUGUGCUGGGCUGGGGCCAGGCCAUGGUGGACUUUUCCGCCCACGCCAGCAGCGAGUACCUGGAGGAGCUGGGGGUGCAGAGCGGCGAGCGCAGGCUGAUCGACCUGGGCCGGCGCACCUCCCUCCUCUCGCAGCUCAGUGAGGGCGGGUAUGCGGUGCACGCCGCGGGCUCCCUUUCCAACACCCUGCUGGCCCUGGCCCGGCUCUCCGACGCCUCUGCACGCCUGCAUGGCCGCCCGCCCCUGCGCGUGGGCAUGGCCCCGCUGCUCGGCUCCGACUCGCUGGGCGCCUUUUAUGCUGCCUCGCUGCGCGGCGCGGGGCUGGGCCUGGUGGGCGACCCCUCGCCGGGCUCCAGCACGGGCACAGUGAUCGUGCUGACGGGGGAGGACGCGCAGCGCACCAUGCUGUCCUACCUCGGCCACAUCCCGGCGCUGGAGGUGAGCGACGGGUUCGCGCGCGCCAUCCGCCGCAGCCGACUGCUGGUCAUCGAGGGUUACCUGUGGGAGAUGCCCGGCGCCGCGGCAGCCAUCGACCAGGCGAUGGGCAUCGCGCGCGAGGCCGGGACGCUCAUCGCGCUGACCUCGGGCGACGCCGGGGUCAUCUCGCGGAACCGCGAGCCGGUGCGCGCCUGCCUGGCGCGCCACGGCGCGGAUCUGCUCUUCGCCAACGCCGCCGAGGCCUGGGCGCUGGCGUCUGAGGACGGCGCGGCCUGCGCGCCGAGCCAGGACCUGCCCGCCCGCGCCGCCGCGCUGGCCCUGGCCCCCCUGGCGGGCCUGGUGUCGGUGACCGACGGCAGCGCGGGUUCGUGCAUCGCGGCCCUGGGCGCGGCCAUCACCGUUCCGCCGCCCUGGAGCCGGCGGCCGCCGGUGGACACCUGCGGCGCGGGCGACGCCUACGCGGCGGGCCUGCUGCUCGGCUUCCUGGACCACGGCGGGCUGGCGGGGAUGGGGGAAGCCGCGGCGCGCGCCGCCGCCGCCGUCAUCGCACGCGACGGGCCGGGGCUGGACCCUUCCGACGCGGAGAGCGCGGCGCGCGCCAUCCAGGCCGCGCGCGCGCGCCGGGCCGCGCAGCAGCUGCCGGUGUGGGUCGCGGAGGCCGAGGGCGCCAUGUGA